AUGGGAAACGCAUCCAAGCCCUGUGCAGAGGAAUCCCCUCCUACCUCGCUUACCCAGCUCCUGAUUUGGACUGCAGUCCUUCUAGGACUCGUCCUGAAUCCAGCCCUUGCUGAUUACUCUCAGAAGACAAAUGGAAACCAGCAAAUCAUCUUUGGUGGAGACUCUCAAAUCACUAUCACCGGUAUCUCACAAGGCGUGAAGCUCAAUAGUCAAACAAGGGUGGCAAUCAUCGAGCAAAAGAGCCAAACUUUAUCAUGGAAAACCAUCUGGAACUACAACAGGGGUGUCAUUGCAACCAAAAUCACACAGCAGAACACCUGCUACAUUUCCAUCAUGAACAGAACUGACAUACCCAGUUUUAAUAGUCUGGCCCGACUGGCGGCAGAGAGCAGGAACCUGAUUGGUGUUCUUGGAAGACACACCAAGGAGAUCACCUUUGUCACCAGUGGACUGGUGAACAACCUCUACUCCUAUGGAACAGAGAUUGCGGCUAUGUGCAGCGGAGUCACCACCUACAUGGCUUAUGAAGUUCAUGGACUCCAAGCAAAUCUGGGAUCCUGCAUUACCCUCAAUGUCUUGAGAGCUGUGGAUCUGAGGUACUGCAAUAGCAAUGGCAACUGGAAUGGCAGCAUCUUCAAUCACACUCAGGUCAUCAUUGGUGGCCACUCCCAAAUUGUGACCAUCAACAGGCAAUGGCGUGUGGCAAUCAUUGAACAAACGAGCAUCAGUGGGUCCUGGAAAACCAUCUGGAACUACAACACGGGUGUCAUUGCAACCAAAGUCACGCAACAGAACAUCUGCUACAUUUCCACCAUGAACAGAAAUGAGAUGCCUCGCUUUGAUAAUCUGGCCCGCCUGGCAGAAGAGAGCAGGAACCUGAUUGGUGGUUUUGGAAGACCGAACAAGAGGAUCACCUUUGUCACCAAUGGACUGGUCAACAACCUCUACUCCUAUGGAGCAGACAUCAUGGCUAUGUGCAGCGGAGUCACCACCUACAUGGCUACCGAAGUUCACAGCCCCCAGGUGAAUCUGGGAUCAUGCAUUACCCUGGAUGUCCUGAGAGUUGUAGAGCUGCAGUACUGCAGCAGCAAUGGCAACUGGAACAACCAGUGGAACAACCAGUGGAAUGGCAACUGGAACAACAACUGGACCAACCAGUGGAAUGGCAACUGGAACAACAGUUGGAAUGGCAACUGGAACAACCAGUGGAAUGGCAACUGGAACCACCAUUGGAACAACCAGUGGAAUGGCCACUGGAACAACUGGACCAACCAGUGGGAUGGCAACCAGUGGAACAACAGCUGGAAUGGCAACUGGAACAACCAGUGGAAUGGCAACCAGUGGAACAACAGCUGGAAUGGCAACUGGAACAACCAGUGGAAUGGCAACUGGAACAACAACUGGAACAACCAGUGGAACAACAACUGGAAUGGCAACUGGAAUGGCAAUUUCCCGGUGAGAAACCAUUACCCUUAG